CCUCAGCCUGAUGUUGAUGAGAGUGGUGGCUCUGGAAGCACUCAACCAGCCUCCCAGCUUCCCAAGGGACAGAGCUUUGUGCAGAACCAUUUUCAGGCACAGUACAGGUCCUCCUUGACUUGUCCUCACUGUCUGAAGCAGAGCAACACCUUUGAUCCCUUCCUGUGUGUGUCAUUACCCAUCCCCCUGCGCCAGACCAGGCCCUUGAAUGUCACCUUAGUCUUCCAGUCCAAGAGCCAGAGGUUUCUGCGGGUAGGCCUUGCCGUUCCCCUUUUUAGCACAGUGGCAAAACUGAAGGAAAUGGUGGCAGAAGAAGGCAAGAUCACACCUGACCAGGUGAUCCUGGCAGAGGUGUAUCCCGGCGGGUUCCAGCGCUCCUUCCACGAUGAGGAGGACCUGAACACCAUCAUGGAGGGGGACAGCGUGUAUGCUUUCCAGGCUCCACUGCCAUUCAGCAGGGCCAGCUCGUCUCGGCUUUCAGGCUGCCCCCUCAGCCUCCCAUCUUCCCCUAACUCAUCUGAACUCGAAGGCCAGCGAUUGCCCCAUACUGGUGCCAUGUCCUCUGAGUUCUUGCACCAUGGUGGAGGCGGGAGAAUCCUGUUGCUUCUCUGUAACACUGCAGGGAUGGGGCAGGAGGCUACCAGGUUUGGCCCACCAUUGCUGAUGAGAGAAGACAGAGGCACAACGUGGGAGCAGCUCCAGCAAUGUAUCCUCAGCAAGAUGCGCUAUCUGAUGAAGAGCGAGGCUCAGGUGCAGAGCGCGGGAGUCUUGUUCCGGGUCCGGGUCGCCGGAGGCUCUGUGGCAUGCAGCUACCUCUCCCCUCAGGACAGCAGGCCUCUCUACCACCCAGCUAUCGACAGAGCAUUGCAGUUCAGCGGCCCCGGCGGCCCUCCCCAUGUGAAGCUGGUGGUGGAGUGGGAUGUGAACACCAAAGAAAGACUGUUUGGCAGUAUCCAGGAGGAGGUGGUCCAGGAUGCUGAGAGUGUACGGAUGCAGCAGCAGGUCCACCAGCAGCAACACAGCUGCACCCUGGAUGAGUGCUUCCAGCUCUAUACCAAGGAGGAGCAGCUGGCCCCGGACGAUGCCUGGCGCUGUCCCCACUGCCAGGUGCUGCAACAGGGCAUGGUGAAGCUAAGCCUGUGGACGCUUCCUGACAUCCUCAUCAUCCACCUCAAGCGGUUUCGCCAGGUGGGCGAGAGGCGGCACAAGCUCUCCACACUGGUCCAGUUCCCACUCUGUGGCCUUGACAUGGCCCCUCACGUGGCCAAGAGGAGCCAAACUGGGCAGCACGUGCUGGGCCAGUGGGUAGCCUGGAAGCAACCGCCGUACCUUCCUGAGAGCUGCCAGCUGGACUACCUCUACGACUUGUAUGCUGUCUGCAAUCACCACGGCAGCAUGCAGGGUGGGCACUAUACUGCCUACUGCCGCAACUCACUGGAUGGCCGCUGGUACAGCUAUGAUGACAGCACAGUGGAGUCGGUCCAGGAGGAUGAGGUCAGCACCCGGAGUGCCUACAUCCUCUUCUACCAGAGGCGGAACGCCAUCCCCAGCUGGUCGGCCAGCAGCUCCAUGAGAGGCUCCACCAGCUCCUCUCUGUCUGACCACUGGAUCACAAGGCUCAGCGGAAGCAGUAAGAGGGAGAGCCUGGUGUCCCGCAGCUCCAUGACCUGCCCCUCCUUUCUCAAGCCCCCCGACUCGCCUGUCUUCCUGAAUGCCACAGUCAGCCAGGAGAAGGGAGGCUUUGAGUCAAGACCCUUGGUGCGAGGCAUUCAGGGACGGAGUGUCAGCAUGAAAGUAUCACCCACCAAGCCCAAACUGGGCACCACCAAACCAAUGCCCCUUCGCUGGUCCUUCGCAUCCAAGGACAGGCUGCAGGGUGUGUCUGGGGAGCUGGUGGAGUACCUGGAGUCUGGGCGCCGGCCCAGAUACACUAAUGAGUCUAUCGUCCCACUCAUGACGGGCACUGCUGGGGAAGAGAAUGGGCCUUUGCUAGCUAAGUCUAAGCCAACCGCUGCAGGGGCUGUGAAGGACCAAGAGGGUGGUGGGUCAGGAAGGGCUAGUGGGAGUUUACAGAGCAACACAGUGGGGCCAGCUGAGAACCACAGCAAACCCCCCUUGCCCCCGGAGAAGACCAGCACCCUGAAGAGAGCGAGCAAGCCAAAGGAGGACACAGGCCAACCACACAGGACACCCAAGAAGCUAGAGUUGCCUCUCAAUGUGGCACCACCAAGGAAAGUUGAGCCAAAGAGCAACGGAAGCAAAGCAAACUCAAAUGGAGCCACGUGUGUCAACAACAGCAUGUCCCACCCCUAUAGCUCCCUGAAGGGGAGGAACAUGGACAACGACCAAAGAAACCCCGCCAAGGCUGGGGAGCACGGCAGGGAGAAAGAACCCGAGGCUGAGAGGCAGCAGGAAGGGAGGUUCACAAUCUUCAGGGCUGGUUUCCUAAAGAAGGACACCAAGAGGCCCAGCGAGCUGGAGCGGUGCUGCACUUCGGAGACAGCCAUGGGUUCCUCCAGGACAUCGCUCGCCAAUGGCACCCUCAGCGUCAUCAGCGAAAGCAGGGCCAACGGCACACUGGGCCGCCGCAGCCAGGAGGGCCUGUCCAACGGCAGGAUCAGCCGCUCCGAGCUGGAUAUCAAGCGCUCCCAGAGCUCGGUCAGCAUCCACAGCAAGGCCGACUGGCCCCUGCGGAGAUCGUCCUCCCUCUGCAAGAAUGGUAGCGCUGCUCACCAGCACACCCGCAGUGCACCAGUGGAAAAGGUGGCCUGUGGCACCUUACAGAGGGUCAGAUAUCACACAGCCUCCUUGGGCAGGAAGAAACCAGUGCCUGAGUCCAGCUUCUAGACCAUAGCUGAGGAAAGGUUGAGAACUCACACCGCUGCUGCUAUGAGCCAGGGGGCUACUGUGAUUGGAGGAAGGGAACAGAACAAACUUGGUGAGAGUCUACACAGGAGAAGGUGACUUUGCUAGCUACUGAGGCCAGACUCAAAACCACAUCAAUCAGAUCUCUGGGCUUCCAGGUCCUUUUGGGAGCUGCGUUCUUCUCUUCUCCAUCCUAUAGAGCUGUGAAGGGACCUGAAUCCGCUCACACCACCCAACGCCUGGUCUCACUCGAGUGCCACUGCGAUGUCUGGACAUGUCAAGUGGUGCUCCUGUACAAUCCAUGCCUUAAUAGGGUGGAGCACAAAGCAGAGACAGGAGGAUUACUGGGAGGGGGAAAACCAGGGGAGGGAGAGCCAGUUUUAAGCGAGAGGGAGAGUAUUUAUUCUAUAUGGAGACAGAAUUUUAUUGAAGCAGAUUCAAAGACACUUUUUGUUUUCUAAAGGCAACUAUUUUGGUACUGAGGGGUGGGUGGGGACAGCACAGGGGGGGCCAUUUCAACACAAAGGUCUAUGCAAUAAUCAAUUCUUCUACUGAUCUUUUGUACACGGGUGUCCUGUUGUCCACAGAUGUUAGAGUUUUGCAGAUCUUUCUAUUAAAUACAUGUCAAAUGAG